GGAUACUGAAACGGGAUUUGUACCUCUGUCCUAUGUGGUAGCUAAGUUUAGCUGGAUUGCUCUAGACAGUAGUGUGUUAGGCUUAUAAUUUUUCCAGAAAAGAGCAGUUUGAGCUUGCAAAAUGUUACGCCGUCCAGUCCAACAUUGGUUUCUUGUGUUUACUACAGCACCUCACAAUCAGUCUAACCUUUACAAUCAGUCUAACCUCUAUAGUUGACUAAUAAAUAAUGUCCAAGUUGCCCUACAUUAAGAACAAUUAAUUGUGGCUGGAUCAUUUCUGUUCAAAUUGUCAACCCUUGUAACAUUUUGCCCCAUUAUUAGUUAUAUAACUCCCAAUAAUUAGUUCACAUUGGAUAAGGAAAACUGUCUAUUGUGAAAAUAUGUGUCACUUUGAGAAGAGAAAUGACUCGCCCCAGUUUUUAUCAAAGCAGGCAGACCGCUGUCCACAUUUAUCGCUUUGUCUUCCCCUGUCCGUGCCCAGAUUCAACAUGAGUCCUGUCGGCACUGGAUUGCUAAAGGGCUUGAGGAGGGUCUUGGAACGGCAAAGGAAUUCAAUUGAUUUCUGCAGAAAAUCACAAGCUUGGAGUUCUACGGUUUCUUUUUCUGACCUUGAUGAGAAGGGUGACGUGGACUAUGACGUUGAUCAUACAGAUUCAAAGAGAGAGUUACAACCCCAAAGUGUAGAUCCCCAAAAGGGCUGGGGAUUCCGUGGGGUGCACAGGGCUAUAAUCUGCGGUAAAGUUGGACAAGUGCCUGUGCAAAAAAUUUUAAGGAAUGGACGUACAGUAACUGUUUUUACUGUUGGAACUGGUGGCAUGUUUGACCAGAGGGUAGUUGGACCUGAGGAUAUGCCAAAACCAGCUCAGUGGCAUCGAAUAGCUGUUCAUAAUGACUAUCUAGGUGCUUAUGCUGUUCAGAAGCUGGUGAAGAAUGCUGCAGUUUAUGUUGAGGGUGAUAUUGAAACCAGGGUCUACAAUGACAGCAUCAAUGCUCAAGUCAGAAAUAUACCAGAGAUCUGUGUUCGACGCGAUGGCAAGAUUCGACUGGUUAAAUCUGGGGACAGUGCUUCUAGCAUAUCACUAGAUGAUCUAAGAGAAGGACUAUUCUAGUUAUAGCGAAGCAUGUCAGCACAAGCCGGUCAGGAGUAGGCUUCUUGCUCGAGGGCCGUUGUAUCUUCGGCGGUGCACUACAAGUUCACAUGGCUGCAACUGUGUUGACGGUACAUGUAGGAGCUGAAGUCUCUACUCUUGAUUGGCAAAUGCAGUAAAGUUUGGUUCAGUUCAACGUUGCCGCUUGUAAUUCUUUCUGUAAGUUCCUGGUAGCUUGAAGUUGAAGAUCGCUCAUGUUCUGAGACUCAUCUCGUUCAAGCACCGUUUGGUUCCUUUUUUUACUCUUGGCUAGCCUAGCCUAGCAAGGUUAAUGGAUAAGAAAACAUAAUUUGGUUGGAUUGA